AGUGUUCUUCAUCGACAAAGAAACCUAGAAAGAUUUACAAGUAGAAAAAAUGGAGACGGUCAGUGAAAACACGAUUCCUUCCCUUAGGGAUGAAUCAGACGACGAAGAAGAGAUGGAGAGACACGCUUUCCGGGUUGAAGAAGAUGUAGCUGCAUUCAUCAACGAACCUCCCAUCCGACAUAACAUCUAUCCCGAUACCGAGAAUGAUAGUGAUACAGAUGAGGAGGAAGAUGGUGAAGAACAACAAAUGAAACGACAGAGGACAAGAGAGCGUUAUCGAAUUAGAAGAGGUGAUGGGAAUCUCUUCGAGGGCCAAGUAUUCUUCAAUGGAGUUGCGUUCAAAGAGGCGGUAUUGGACUACGCUCUAAAGACUGGUCACAAUAUCAAGCAGUAUAGGUAUGACAAAACCAAACUUGGUUUUAGUUGUGUUGGUCGGAAUGUGGAUUCACACUGUCAGUGGCGUGUUUAUUGCUCGAGUAAAGGAGAACCAGAGAGAUGGUAUGUUAAAGUGUACAAGAAUGAACACAGCUGUGUUCCAAAUGGAGAAUGUGAGAUGCUUAAGGUCCCUGUGAUAGCUAGGCUGUUUGUUGAUAAGAUAAGAGAAGAACCAAAAUAUUUCAUGCCAAUGAAGAUAGAAGAACUGAUCAAGGAGAGGUGGAAGAUCACGGUUUCUAGAGCACAAUGUCAAGCUGCUCGAAAUAAAGCAAUGGGGUGGAUUCAGAAGGAGUAUGAGACUCAGUUUGCUCGAAUCCGAGACUAUGCUGCCGAGAUUCUCGAGUCAAAUAUCAACUCUUCGGUGGAAGUCGAGACCAAGAGAAAUGAGGAAGGAAAAGAUGUGUUCGACCGUUUCUAUGUGUGUUUCGAUGUGCUUAGGAGGUCAUGGCAGGCUACAUGUAGACCUCUUAUUGGGAUGGAUGGCACAUUCUUGAGAGAGAAAACUAAAGGACAGUUGUUAGUGGCUCUUGGUCGAGAUGGGGAUAAUUCAAUCUACCCCAUUGCUUGGGCAGUUGUUCAAGUGGAAAACACUCCAAAUUGGGUGUGGUUUGUGAAGCAUAUCAAGACAGACUUGGGUUUAGGACAUGGUGAUGGAUAUAUUAUGGUCUCCGAUCGUCAGAAGGUAAGCUUUGAUUAUCAUGUAAUUUUUUUCUAAAAAUAUAAUUUUCUUAUGUUUGUGUGUGGUCGGUUUCAGGGACUGAUCAAGGCAGUUCAGUUGGAGCUUCCGAAGAUGGAGCAUAGAAUGUGUGUUCGACACAUUUAUGGAAACGUGAAAGCUAAACAUGGAAAGAAGAGUGACAUGAAGAAGUAUAUUUGGCAACUUGCUUGAAGCUACAAUGAGGCGGAGUACAAGGAGAAUCUAGAUAGGCUGUUCAACUACGACUCAGAGGUGUAUGCAGAUGUGAUGAAGACUAAUCCAAUGACUUGGGUUAGAGCUUUCUUCAAGUUGGGGAACUAUUGUGAGGACGUCGAGAACAACUCAACUGAAUCUUUCAACGCCUCCAUUGUUUCUGCCCGUGAAAAGCCAAUGGUACCAAUGUUGGAUACCAUUGCGCGUCUUGCAAUGGUGCGUAUCGCUUCUAGAUAUCUGAUUGCUCAAGAUCACAAGAGCAUAUGCACACCUUACGUGGUUGAUAUACUCGCUUUGGAGCACAAAAAAGCAUCACAGUGUACUGUUUAUAGAAGCACAAAUGGUAUGUGGUUGGUGAAUGUUGAUGCUUGUUCUUACCGUGUCAAUUUGGAGAAGCGAACAUGCACGUGUUCCAAAUGGGAUAUCACUGGGAUCCCUUGUGAACAUGGAUACGGUGUCAUCUUGGAUAGGAAACUAGAGGCUGAGGAUUUUGUGUGUCACUGGUUUCGGACCACAAUGUGGAGGAGGACAUACGAAGAAGGCAUAACACCAUUAAGAGGAGCACGAUUUUGGCCAACUUCUUCAGCCCCUGAAGUGCAUCCAGCUCCUGAGCCAGACCAGCCUGGUCGCAAAAAGAAGAAAGACAACAAAAGGAAAAAGGGCAAAAAUGAGUCUCCUGUGAAGAAGAAACCGAAGACGUUGAAGCGCAUUAUGCAUUGUGGACUUUGUGGUGCGCCUAACCACAAUAUUCGUUUUCAUAAGGAGGGACCCCAUAAGAAGGCUCCACAAGCUGAACCAUCUCAAACCUUUGCUAGUCAAGGUGAAUCCUCUCAAGCUUGAUGUUCUUUAGCGGUAACUACAGUAGGAAAGGAAGAGCAAGAAGUAUUUUUUGGGUUGUGUCUUCUCUCUUUUUUCGGCUAUUUUGUUGUUGUCAUCUUCAUGGUUGAUGAACAAGAAUCCUUCUACUUAUUUUGGUGUUUUCUUCCUUAUGUAUGGACAUGACUCGAUUUAUAACCAAGAAGUUACCAACAAUUUCAUUCAUUAAACAACAUAAAAAACGUCAAGUACAAGAACAUACUACUUCAUAGCAUUAAACAACAUUUAUCGAAAUGAAAUCCAUCACACAAGCUUAAUGAUGACAAACCCAACAACACAAGCUAUUACAAUACCAGCACACAUCUUCUUCAUGCUCCAUUUCGCUUCCUUUAACACUUCUUCCAUCUUGUCGAAAAGCUCUAUCUCUAGCUUCAUCUCCAUCUUCUCAAAUACCUUCUUCUCACUUUCUCCUCGUUCCAUCAUAACUUCUUUCACCAAUUCUUCAAGAUUACUCAUUUUGUUCUUCAGAACAUUAAUCUCUUCUAACAAUGCCUCAUCCACCCACUUGAAGAAAUGAUUAUCAUUCUCAAGCUAAAAUCGAUCAAUCAAGUUAAAAUCUGAGUUAUUGCACAAUCAAAUCAAUAAGAGUAAGCAUUACCUUUUUUGAAACAGCAUAAGAACACCUAUGGUAACGACGAUACGGAUUUUUGUCUGAUCUUGACAUCAAAGUCAAGAUUUCAUAUCCGCACCAACACUGUUUUGGGACACCCACGACCCUUUUCCUUGAACGCACCAUUGACGACCCACUUGAAGCUCCAGAAACAUCACUCAUCUUUCAAUUUCUCUUAUAUCUCCCACAAAUCAAUUUCCCCAAUUCGAUUUGUUAGGGUUCGUGACUGUAAUUGUUUUAGGAAUCGGGGAUUUUAAAGACUAGGGUCGGGUUUUCAAACGGGUGUGGUUAUGUUUAAAAUGGGUUUAUUUUGGUUAGCUACUGGUUCACCCAAGUAAACCAUUAAAUUCGACGGUAUGGGGAAACAGAACUCGAUCUUUCAAAUUGGGGGGAUAUAGGAUUCGAACUUUUAUUUUGUGGGAAAAUAUAACGGGAUCAAAAGUCUGUGUGUAUCUAGUGAUAUAUGAUACUUCUCAGAGGGAAAUAGAUCGUCAACCCUUUAAAAUCUCAUGCAUGCUUUGUAUGUUGAAGUUUUUGUUAUGCAAUUCUCGUACGUCUUAAUCUAUAGUGUUAUCUGACUAUUUAUUUUUAUAUAUAUUUUAAAACUAAGAAAGUUUAAAUUGAAAUAUAUGCAUGUAUUAGAUUUGUAUUGUUUAUAAUAUUUUGUAAAUGUAUUGAUGCCACAUAUACACUCGUUCAUAUAAAUACUUUAUGCAACCUAGGCUAAAACUUAAUGUAAAAGUUUAAUCAUUGACCCAUAUUUGUCAAGUCAACCAUAUCGUCUGGUCUGGGAGGAAGAUUAAACCAAACCAUCAAUUACGUUAUGUCUCCGUUUAAUGUAUUCAUAUUGGAUUUGAAGUGUUUUUCCAACGAAGAAGAAACUUCAUCGUCCUUUCAUCACCCACUCAUUGUAAAAGAAUUUUGGAAAUUAGUGUCUAGAAAGAAAUCAAAUCAAAUAUAAAUUCCACAAAGUACCAAAGAGAGAAAAAAAAUGUGAAGAUGAAGACAGAAAAAGGGCAAAGGGCUAUGGCAUUGACUCCUAGAAAGGCUUCAUGUUUUUCUCUUUUCCUCCCUUUUUCAAUUUGAUUUUUUAAUUAUUUUCUCAUUUUGUGGACCUCAUCAUUACCUCCUUGUGCAAGAAGGUGUUGUUGUGAAUAGACCCUAUGUCUUGUAUACUUUUAUGUAUAUCCACAUGGUCAAUUUGAUCAAAAAAAAAAAUCCACAUGGUCAAUUUUUUUGUGGAGCAAGGAUAAUAAUAUAAGCAAUGAAUCAAAUAGUUUGAAUAUGAUUUAUGUAUACCAGUGGCCGACGUGAUGGAAGGUCGAUCCUCAAUUUGUAAAAUUCAAUAGGUUUGUCUUCUAUUUACUAGAAAUCUUGAUAAUAAAAAGCUAUAGUAGUGUUAAAGAAAAAUCUAAAUUGUUUUAAAAUGGUUGGAAUUGGAAAGGAAAAAAAUCAUUUUUUUCAAGGAGAUAUGUUGUCUCUGAUCCAUUGUUUCCGUAUUAAACGAGGUUAGAGCAAAUAAAUUAAAUCUAUAAUAUUGUAAUGUGUUGUUUAUUGAGUGUGUGUUUAUUACAGAACUAAUUGCUACUCCCUCUGUUUUUAAAAGAUAUAUAUUCUAGAUUUUUCACAUAUAUUAAGAAAACUCAUUAAAUAUACAUUGUUUUUUGUGAAUAACAAUUUUUUAUAACUUUAAGCCAAUAGAAAUUCAAUAAACAUCAUUAAUUUUUUUGAAACUUACAAUUUUUCAUAAAAUCAUACAUUUAAAAAGUAAACAAUGUAUCUUUUUAAAACAAAUUUUUUUUCCAGAACAUAUAUCUUUUAGGAACGGAGGGAGUAUGAGGUAUCUACACUUCUACUUAGUCCAACAAAUGCAAAUUAUAUACAAAUCCAAAGAUAAUCGCACCCAAACAAAAACUACGCAUUCAACAUUGAUUAACUUAAGUUCGAUGAGCUAAGAAACCAUCAUUUUCAGAUACAUUGUUAUAAAAAAUCUCACAUUAUCAAAAGCGUUGGAGACUUACAAUGCCGUAUGGUAUCACUUAUUUCUUAAGAGAUCAAAAUAGUUGGUAUUCAAGAUUGAGUUAAAACUAUUCUCAUUGCAUACGCGUAUCAAAGGACAGCAACACUAAAAACGGAUAUUCAUUACAAGAAGUUGCUUUCGAUCCAAAACUGAUGGUUCUAUGCUUUAUGAGAUUUAAUCAAAACUUAGUGUUUUGGUUCAAAAAAAAUUGGUUCAAAAAAAAAAAGUGUCAAUGUUUCAUAAGUUUCCUUCCUAAUCGCUGUUAGCUGUUUAUGAGAUGAAACUCUUGAAAUUUACUGCUUGAUAUUUCUUGGUACCUCCAACAAGUGAUAAACUUAAUUACAUCAAUUUAAAAUGUGUUUUAUGAUUGGUUUUGGGUUUUCAAUUCUCUUGAUAUAAGGUCGUACAUCUAAUGCCACCUGCACUGCAAUUAUGUAUAUGAAGAAAGUGCACCAUGAACAAAAAGUUAUAUAUGCAUGUAGUAAAGAAUCCUCGAAUAUUCUGGUUACAGUUUCGUUUUACUUUUGUUUUAUCCGGAUAAUGAUGUGCAUUAUAAUUUAUAACAUCUUCCAAUGUAUUUUUCUCUCUUUAUUUACUUUUCUUUAUCUUUAUCUUUUAUUUUAUGGUCUUUUGGUCCACUUUCCUUGACAUGCCCCCACAUGGUAAGAGGCAAAGACAAUCAUCAAGCCUAAAAAAGAAUCAUUUUUAUCUCUUAUCAUCACUAAACUAUUGGAAAACAUUUAACAUCUUAGUCAUUUUUGGACAAAAUGCUGAACAAACUUCUUGCACUGCAACCAGCUCUAAUUGUUGAUAAAAGGUGUAAAUGAGGAAUAUCAUGUGCCUUCCGUAAUAUAUUUGUUCUCGAUCAUACCCUUCUUAUAUCAACCUGCAAUAACUUACUUGAUAAGUUCGCUUAGAUUAUAACAUUAUUUUCUUGUUCUACCAUUUUUACUAUCUAUAAAACUGAAUCUGUAGAGCAGAGUAUGAAAAUUUUUGAAGAUUAAAAUUAUAUAAAUGAAUCUGUAAAGUGUAUCUAAUAAUUUUUGAUAUUUUAUAAAUUUUUAAAAUAUUUGUUUGUCUAAGGAUGUUAAAAAGAAUUACAAUGUAGUUUCUUACUAUUUAUUUCUUUUGGGUUAAAUAAAACUUUCAAAUAAAAAUUUAACAUUUAAAAUGUAUAAAGUAUAUAUUUUUUUUGUCAUCAUGUAUAAAGUAUAUAAAAUAUUCCAAAUGAAGAUUUGUAGAUUUUACGAUUCAAAUUUUGGCUUAGAUUCAUAAAAUAUUAUUAACCACUUGAAAGAGAGCAUUGAACCACUACUAAUUGAAUUAUUUUCCUCAACGUCUCUUUUUUAACUCUCGUUUAAAUCUUAGUUUUUCUUUUUGUAAACUUCGUUUAAUUCUUAGUUUAUAAUAUAAUUUAAAAGUUCAAGCCUUCAAGUAACUUUGGACUACAAAUAAAGCUUUUUUUUUGGUAAAAUCUACAAUUAAAGCUUCUCGCCAAGCCUUUUGACAUACAAAGGUAACUUUGAAUAUAGAAAAACUUUUAAUUUUUAUAAAGUGAAAAAGGUUUCUUACAAAAAAUAUUCCCACCUGUAAUUGUUGAUAAGAAAAGAAUAAAGAGAAAUGAAAUGUAUAAGCGUGUUGAAAAGCUUGAUUAGUUACUUUUAUGUGAAUUAUUUUUAAAUCCUUUAGUUUCCUCGAACGCGAAUGGAACUUUCCUAGAAAAGAAAGUUGAAAACUAAAAUGUAUGAUAAUUAUGAAUGAUGAUUAGUGGAAUGCAUCAUGUUUGCAUGGUAUGAAGCACCCCGCAUCAUGAUCCCAAAAUUCUUAACACAUGUUUAUGGAUGUAUUAAUUAGUUAACGAUUUUAAUUAAUAUUGAAUGAGAUGUCGCAUCAAACGCACAUGCAUAAUAAAAACAUGAAUACGACGACUAUAUUGAUGUUAAUUUAUUAUUAAUGAUAUUUUUUCCACAGAAAUAAAUAAAUAACUUUUGGCUUUACGUUACCAUAAAAGAGUGAAAGGAAAACAAGUAGUAAUGUGAGCAUUGAUGUCAUGGGUUGGCAUUCACUAUAUGCUGACUUACCUAUUAGAUUCCUAACAAAUAACUAUACCUAUUUUUGACCAAAACUAUAGUUAUUUUGCUUUUCACUUGUAAUUAAGUUCACCGAAGUAAACCAAACCGUAACGUUUGAAAGACCAAGGACAUAUACCAAAUCUAACCUUGGCUAAUCGACAGGUAAACAACAAUAGGUUUCACUUCAUUAUAAUCUAUCAACCAUAAAUUUGAUGUCAAUAAGAACUUAACAAAAAUAGGUUUUGUUUCUUUGGCAAGAAAACACUCUUUAAAUUACAAAAGUAGUUUCAUAUCUCCAUUAUCAGGUAGUUGCUUGUUUUGUUUAGUUGUUUUUUUCUGAGUAGGCAAUGCUACGACUCAUUUACUCUCUCUUAUAAAAAAAUAGUAGAUAUUUAAAAUUGUACUAAUAUAAAAGGACAUGUUCUAGUUCAGUACUUCAGUUUGAUAUAUUAUAUGGGCUCGUAUGUGUCCAAAAAUGAAGGAAUAAUAAUAUAUUCCAACAGUUACAACUUACAAGACGAGAGAGGGCAUGAAGCAGAGGACAAGACUCGAGAGCACUUCCAUCCAACUCAACUGGCUCAAAGUUUCGUAGAGACACCUAAUACCGACAACAUUUCCUCAAAUCCUAAUUUUAUUCGAAAAUUGAUACAAAACUAUAUAAUAAAAAUGUAGAUUUUUUGGUCGAAUUUUUAAAACCACAAAAGAGCAAUUGAGACGACAGGGAUUGCCAAUCAAGCGAGUGGUGAGAAGAGCAAACUACGUAAGCUAAUUUAUUACAAAGGGAAAAGGAAGAGAAUGGUAGUUAUAUAAUUAUGCAUUUAUUAUGUACUUUUGACUCAGUAUUUAUGGACAUUCACCACUGCGCUUUUAAUUUGUAUAAUUUAUUAGUCAUUCAAUUUUUGUUGGUAAAAUUAAAACUCAGUAACUCAUUAUAGGCCAAAAAACUGUGCAGACAGACAUACAACAUGACAACUCUUCUAUGUUUGUACUUAGUAUUACUAGCUAAAAAAGUAGUUAGAAAGUAUAAAAAAUUGUUUUUUUGUCUACAAAAUAAAUUAUAUGUAUAUCUUAAGGUACUUUUAUAUAUUUAAAAAAACAUUAAUGGAGAUAUUUGAAUUGAUUAAAUAUCAAUGAUUGAUAGUUAUAUAAAUAUCUACAUUAAAAUAAAUAAUAAAUUUAGUUAUAAAUUUUUAAUAUGUGUAGAUAGUUUAGAAAAUCUUAUUUACGGAAACUGAAAGAACAUGUAGUUGUCUAAAUAAGUCGUAUUUGGAGAUAAUACACCGCACCAAAAAAAAUUGAUGACUAAUUGUGACGUUUAAUUUUAAUUUGCCGUGUCAUUAUCAACAGUACAACUUAAUUAGAUAAUAUGCUUUUAACUUUAACUUGACAAUCGCAGUUCAGUUCAGAGAUCGGGUGAAUUAGUUUUACAUUUUAGAAUAAAAAAUAAAUUAAAUACAUCUUCUGCACUUUCAAAUUAUCUGGUUGUAUCUUAAAUGACAACAAUCCCUUUUUUUUUUGGAUAAUAUACAGCAUAUAGAAUUGCUGGUAAAAAGGUGUUAGAAUUUAACUUAAAUUUAUAUAUAUUCACAAUUGAAACAAUACCUAUGAAAAUAUCUUAAAAAUUAUUAUUAUUAAACUUAGGAAAUAUUUGCAUGUUUUGACUUAAAAUUAGAAACGAACAUAAACAAAAAGGAGAAAUUCAAAACUGAAACAGUUAAAAAAAAAAAA